AUGUCUGAACCAACACCGCUGCCUAUGCCAGUGAAGAAGAUAAAAGAAGAAGAUGUUGAUGAUUUCCUUCAAGAGUACCUGUCUGGUGUUCAAAAAGUGGAAGAAGACCCUGAACUGGAUCGUGACUGCAAGACCUUCAACUGCAAAGAAGAAAAGUCUCCUAUGAUGGAAAUUAAGGAGGAACAAUCUGAUUCAAGAGAAGAUCAUCAGAAAGACCCUUUUCCUACAGUGAAGAAGAUAAAAGAAGAAGAUGUUGAUGAUUUCCUUCAAGAGUACCUGUCUGGUGUUCAAAGAGUGGAAGAAGACCCUGAACUGGAUCGUGACUGCAAGACCUUCAACUGCAAAGAAGAAAAGUCUCCUAUGAUGGAAAUUAAGGAGGAAGAAUCUGAUUCAAGAGAAGAUCAUCAGAAAGACUCUUUUCCUACAGUGAAGAAGGUAAAAGAAGAAGAGGUUGAUGAUUUCCUUCAAGAGUACCUGUCUGGUGUUCAAAAAGUGGAAGAAGACCCUGAACUGGAUCGUGACUGCAAGACCUUCAACUGCAAAGAAGAAAAGUCUCCUAUGAUGGAAAUUAAGGAGGAAGAAUCUGAUUCAAGAGAAGAUCAUCAGAAAGACUCUUUUCCUACAGAUGAUAUGAGACCUACUGCAGUAAAGGCACAUCAUUGUACUGAGUGUGGAAAAGCCUUCUGUAGGAUGAGUAAUCUCAAGUCACACCAGAGGGUCCACACAGGAGAAAAGCCAUAUCAAUGCUCUGACUGUGGAAAAGCCUUCAGUAGGAUGAGUAAUCUCAAGACACACCAGAGGAUCCACACAGGAGAAAAGCCAUAUCAAUGCUCUGACUGUGGAAAGACCUUUAGUCUAAGAUGGCAUCUAACUAAACACCUGAAGGCCCACACAGGAGAAAAGCCAUAUCUGUGCUCUGACUGUGGAAAGGCCUUCAGACAAAGGUGUCAUCUAAAGGACCACCAGAGGAUCCACACAGGAGAAAAGCCGCAUCAGUGCUCUGACUGUGGAAAGUCCUUCAGUCAAAGGUCUCAUCUAAAGGAACACCAGAAGAUCCACACAAGAGAAAAGCCGUACCAGUGCUCUGACUGUGGAAAAGCCUUCAGUCAAAAGGGUAAUCUAAAGGAACACCAGAAGAUUCACACAGGAGAAAAGCCAUAUCAGUGUACUACAUGUGGGAAGAGUUUCAAGACUAGGGCCGAAUUCAACACCCAUCAGCGCACACAUACAGGAGAAAAGCCAUAUCAGUGCUCUGACUGUGGACAGGCCUUUUGUCAUAGGUCUCACCUAAAGCAACACCAGAGGGUGCACACAGCAGAGAAGCAGAAUCAGUGCUCUGACUGUGGAAAGACCUUUAGGCAAAGGUGUAAUCUAAAGGAACACCAGAGGAUCCACACAGGAGAAAAGCCAUAUCUGUGUAUGACAUGUGGUAAGACCUUCUGUAGGAUGAGUAAUCUCAAGUCACACCAGAGGGUCCACACAGGAGAAAAGCCAUAUCAAUGCUCUGACUGUGGAAAGACCUUCUGUAGGAUGAGUAAUCUCAAGUCACACCAGAGGGUCCACACAGGAGAAAAGCCAUAUCAAUGCUCUGACUGUGGAAAGACCUUUAGUCUAAGAUGGAAUCUAACUAAACACCUGAAGGCCCACACAGGAGAAAAGCCAUAUCCGUGCUCUGACUGUGGAAAGGCCUUCAGUCAAAGGUCUCAUCUAAAGGAACACCAGAGGAUCCACACAGGAGAAAAGCUGUAUCAGUGCUCCGACUGUGGAAAGACCUUUAGUCAAACAUCUAAUCUCCAGAGACACCAGUUGAUCCACACAGGAGAAAAGCCGUAUCAGUGUACUACAUGUGGGAAGAGUCUCAAGACUAAGGAUCGCCUCAUACGUCAUCAACACACUCAUACAGGAGAAAAGACAUACCAGUGCACUGACUGUGGAAAGUCCUUUCGUCAUAGGUCUCAUCUAAAGCAACACCAGAGGGUCCACACAGGAGAAAAGCCUUAUCCGUGCAGUGACUGUGGAAAGGCAUUUAGUCAAAUGUAUGGUCUCCACAUACACCAGAUGAUCCACACAGGAGAAAAGCCAUAUCAGUGUACUACAUGUGGGAAGAGUUUCAAGACUAGGACAGAGGUCAACAUCCAUCAGCGCACACAUACAGGAGAAAAGCCAUAUCAGUGCUCUGACUGUGGAAAGGCCUUUAGUCAUAGGCCUCAUCUAAAGGAACACCAGAGGGUCCACACAGGAGAGAAGCCGCAUCAGUGCUCUGACUGUGGAAAGGCCUUUAGGCAAAGGUGUAAUCUAAAGGAACACCAGAGGGUCCACACCGGAGAAAAGCCAUAUCCGUGUAUGACAUGUGGUAAGAGUUUCAGUCAGAGAUCAAAUCUUAAGACCCAUCAGAAAUUACACACUGGAGCUAAACCACAUCAUUGUACUGAGUGUGGAAAAGCCUUCAGUAGGAUGAGUAAUCUCAAGACACACCUGAGGACCCACACAGGAGAAAAGCCAUAUCAAUGCUCUGACUGUGGAAAGACCUUUCGUGUAAGAUGGAAUCUAACUAAACACCGGAAGGCCCACACAGGAGAAAAGCCAUAUCUGUGCUCUGACUGUGGAAAGGCCUUCAGUCAAAGGUCUCAUCUAAAGGACCACCAGAGGAUCCACACAGGAGAAAGGCCAUAUCCGUGUAUGACAUGUGGUAAGAGUUUCAGACAGAGCUCAAAUCUUAAAACCCAUCAGAAAUUACACACUGGAGUUAAUCUCCAGAGACACCAGAUGAUCCACACAGGAGAAAAGCCGUAUCAGUGUACUACAUGUGGGAAGAGUUUCAAGACUAAGGAUCACCUCAUACGUCAUCAACACACUCAUACAGGAGAAAAGCCAUAUCAGUGUACUACAUGUGGGAAGAGUUUCAAGACUAGGGCCGAAUUCAACACCCAUCAGCGCACACAUACAGGAGAAAAGCCAUAUCAGUGCUCUGAUUGUGGAAAGGCCUUUCGUCAAAAGUGUUAUCUAAAGCAACACCAGAGGGUCCACACAGGAGAGAAGCCGUAUCAGUGCUCUGACUGUGGAAAGGCCUUUAAGCAAAGGUGUAAUCUAAAGGAACACCAGAGGGUCCACACCGGAGAAAAGCCAUAUCCGUGUAUGACAUGUGGUAAGAGUUUCAGUCAGAGCUCAAAUCUUAAGACCCAUCAGAAAUUACACACUGGAGCUAAACAUUAAUUAAACAAGCGCCAUCGCUGCUCGGAGUGCGGGAAGGCCUUCGGUCAGGCGUCCCACCUGAAGGCUCAUCAGAUGAUCCACACGGGAGACAAGCCCCAUUGCUGCUCGGAGUGCGGGAAGGCCUUCGGUCAGGCGUCCCACCUGAAGGCUCAUCAGAUGAUCCACACGGGAGACAAGCCCCAUUGCUGCUCGGAGUGCGGGAAGGCCUUCGGUCAGGCGUCCCACCUGAAGGCUCAUCAGAUGACCCACGCGGGAGACAAGCCCCAUCGCUGCUCGGAGUGCGGGAAGGCCUUCGGUCAGGCGUCCCACCUGAAGGCUCAUCAGAUGACCCACGCGGGAGACAAGCGCCAUCGCUGCUCGGAGUGCGGGAAGGCCUUCGGUCAGGCGUCCCACCUGAAGGCUCAUCAGAUGACCCACACGGGAGACAAGCGCCAUCGCUGCUCGGAGUGCGGGAAGGCCUUCGGUCAGGCGUCCCACCUGAAGGCUCAUCAGAUGAUCCACACGGGAGACAAGCGCCAUCGCUGCUCGGAGUGCGGGAAGGCCUUCGGUCAGGCGUCCCACCUGAAGGCUCAUCAGAUGAUCCACACGGGAGACAAGCCCCAUCGCUGCUCGGAGUGCGGGAAGGCCUUCGGUCAGGCGUCCCACCUGAAGGGUCAUCAGAUGAUCCACACGGGAGAACGGCCGCAUCGGUGUCCUCAGUGCAGAAAGGCCAUCCGUCAAACGAGCGACCUCAAGAAACACCUGAGGUUCCACACUGGGGAGAAGCCUUAUCAGUGCUCGGAGUGCGGGAGAGCGUUCGCACAGAUAUCUUGUCUCAGGACACACCAGGGGACUCACACCGGAGUGAAACCGCAUCACUGCCUGGAGUGCGGAAAGGCCUUCUGUGAAAUUAGCGGCCUCGAGAAGCACCAGGUCAUCCAUGCGGAGGACAAGCCGUACGCCUGCGCUCUGUGUGGGAAGCGCUUCAGGCGCAACGCUGAUCUGUAGACCCAUCGUCUAGUGCAUACCAACGACAAGCCACAUAUGUGUUCUCUCUGCGGAAAGGUGUUUAGUCAAAGGGUCAAUCUCACUAGACACCAACUGCAGAUACACAAGCAAUCGAACACUGCGGACAAAAGACAAAAAUGCUCUCAGUAG